GGCGCGAAGGGUUUUGGCGCCUUCAAGUCAGAAUUAUUGUCGAGGAAUCGUAUCUCGCUGGCUGCCAAGUGACCCGCGGAUAGGACUAUGGACGUUUACGCUGAAGCCGGAGGCUUUGAUAUAGAUUCAUCCUUCAGUGAUGGGGUAACAAAAAAGGAUCGCCAAAGAGCUCCUCCAAACUUGACACCGUUGACAUGCGCAGACAUUCAUUCGAUGACAGGAGAAAGAUGGACCUUCGGAAGUCACGAAGCUGAAAAGGUCUGCUUGGUCGGAGUAGUUCGAUCGAUCGAAAUAUCCAGUCUUAAGGCCACCCUGGUUGUCGAUGAUAGGACCGGUCCUCCAGUCAUCUGCCAGUCAAUGGAUACGAAUGACGCUGAACUGGAGCGACUCAACGAAGGCAUGUACAUCAAGGUUUUUGGCACCCUGCGAAAACAAUCGGUCAAUCGAGACGAGGAGAUGAAGACCAUGAUCAACCUCAUCAAGCUCCGCGCGGUCUCUUCCCUGAACGAGGUGUCGCUCCACAUGAUGGAGUGCGUCCAAGCCAGAGUCUAUUAUCUCACUGCUGAGAAGAGACUCCAGGCCAUCUUGGGAGAAAGCCAAGCUCCCUCUCAGCCAUCCAAGUCCUCUGCUCCGAUUAACAAUGGGACCACCUUCGACGACAGCGGAGUUCCAGGUCUCAAUAGGAAACAGCAGAUGGUCUAUCAAGCCAUCAAGGAAGCUGGAGCAAACGAUUCCCAAGGACUCCAUAUCAACAAAUUGCUCCAGAAGAUCAACAUGCACGGCGUGUCCGAACGGGAGGCCCGGGAUGCACUUGAAUUCUUGUCGAAUGAAGGCCAUGUCUACACAACGAUCGAUGAAGACACAUACGCCUGUCUCGAGAACUGAUUUCCUUCCUUUUCGUGAUAAUAAAUGGGAUUUUAAAGGAGGUUGACCCUCACGGCUCAAAAAAA